UUCAUCUCAAUGCGCCCUCUCGUCUCGCUUUCGGCUGUCAGCCUCACGUGGAACACCGCUGUGUCGGCGUACAUGGCGCUCGCCGAUCCGCCGGCCAUGGCCUUCUUGCUGUUCUGUUACGUCGACCUACUGCUGCUCUUCCUUCUGUUCGGGAAGUUUGAGCGGCUGAUGGGCGAGGGCGAGGGCGCUGGUGGGUCGCCGGCGGAAAGGGCGAGGGCGAGGGCGAGGGCGGCGGUUUGGGUGCUGUCCGCAUCGCUCGUGCUUGUGCUCGGCUGGAGAGUGUCGUUGGAAAUCGCGCUGUGGCAGGUUAAGUUGGCGAUCCGGGUGACGGCGGCGGCGAUAACUGGUGGUGGAUUCUAUGGCCUCCUUCUGUUCAAGAGGAAUGAACGAACGAACGUAGUAAUUGGCGUGUGAUAUUGUUUUAUG